AUGAUUUUGUUAUAUAUUUUUUGUAAUUAUUGUUUGUAUGUGCGCAGUGUUAUCAUCAUCAGCAUCACCAGUGUCAUCGUCAUCGUCAUCGCUUUCUUCAUCAACGUUUUCAUUACUUCAUCGUUACUAACAAUACGCAAGCUCAGAGCUCGGCAGCGGCUUGCAUGGCAACAUGGCGGAGGUAUAGACCGGCAACUACAACAUGGCGGAUAUAUAGACCGGCAACUACAACAUGGCGGAUAUAUAGACCGGCAACUACCACAUGGUGGAUAUAUAGACCGGCAACUACAACAUGGCGGAUAUAUAGACUGGCAACUACAACAUGGCGGAUAUAUAGACCGGCAACUACCACAUGGCGGAUAUAUAGACCGGCAACUACAACAUGGCGGAUAUAUAGACCGGCAACUACAACAUGGCGGAUAUAUAGACUGGCAACUACAACAUGGCGGAUAUAUAGACCGGCAACUACAACAUGGCGGAUAUAUAGACCGGCAACUACAACAUGGCGGAUAUAUAGACCGGCAACUACUACAUGGCGGAUAUAUAGACCGGCAACUACAACAUGGCGGAUAUAUAGACCGGCAACUACCACAUGGCGGAUAUAUAGACCGGCAACUACAACAUGGCGGAUAUAUAGACCGGCAACUACAACAUGGCGGAUAUAUAGACCGGCAACUACAACAUGGCGGAUAUAUAGACCGGCAACUACCACAUGGCGGAUAUAUAGACCGGCAACUACAACAUGGCGGAUAUAUAGACCGGCAACUACAACAUGGCGGAUAUAUAGACCGGCAACUACCACAUGGCGGAUAUAUAGACCGGCAACUACCACAUGGCGGAUAUAUAGACCGGCAACUACAACAUGGCGGAUAUAUAGACCGGCAACUACAACAUGGCGGAUAUAUAGACCGGCAACUACAACAUGGCGGAUAUAUAGACCGUUUGUAGGUGAGCACCCACCAUCACUGCUGCUGUCAUGUUCGGUUGCCAAUGAUUUGCAGGUAUCGAAUCUAUAUUCGAAACUUCAAAAAAAUAAACACACUCUGUAUAACUGAUUCGAAAUGUAAAUGUAUGUAGAAGGUGAACGUGUGUCGAACUCGGUUUCCUGAAAUGACAUGAAUGUUAAAAACAAUCAAUUACAUAGAUAUCAUCACAGCACAUCGUCCAACAAAAUAAACAGCACACUCUGAACGUCUCGAUAAUAAAUUCUUUGACAAAC